GCAUAGAUUCUUCACGAUGACUGGAAACAGUCAAUGGACUGACAAGAUAGAGACUGAAGACACAGUAGUUUCUGCUAAAAAUAAAAAACCUUUGCAGCAACAACGCAAUAACAGACAGAAGAGAAAUAAUUAUUCACGA